AUGAGCGACGAAGUUAGCCAGGAAACCAUCAAAAAGACGCAAAAAACGUUGGGCAAGUACGUAAAGAAGCCGCAAUUGACGGACAAAUUGCUGAAGAAACCGCCGUUCAGAUUCCUGCACGACGUCAUUCGAACGGUAAUCAAAGAAACGGGAUUUCUGAGGGGUUUGUACACCGAAGAAGAGCUGGUGUCCGACAACGUCAAGGACAAGGACGCUAAAAUCGCCUUUUUGAAUAAGCUCAUCGAAGCGACCAAAACCCUGAGCAAGUCCAAUUUGUCGGUAAGAGCGACCAAAAUCGUCGCCGGAUUGGAACCCACCAACACCAAUUUAUUGCUCCAGGCCGUAGCGAAAUCGAUCGAUUCCAAAGCCGAUAGUACCGGCUAUGUAUCCCAAUUGAAAUCCAGCCCUAAAGACAAACAGAAAAAAACCAACAUACCGACUAAAAUCGCCAAGAAACCGACCAAAAACGAUGACAAGUCCUCUACCAAGACCCUCGAAACGCCCAAAUCCAAUCCGGACACUCCCAAACCGAAAGCGAAACCAACGAAGAAAGAUACCGAUAAUAAUCAAUACACGAAGGGCAGAAGAGCGAGAGAAACAACACCGAAAGAAAACAUAAUAGAAACUCCUAAAGCAGAAGAAUUGGUUAAAAACGAACCAAUUCCCAGAAGAGACAGCUUCACGAUCGAAUCCAAAGACAAAGAACCCAUCGAAAACCUUACAAAACCCACUACAGACGAUGAACCCGCUAAAGAACCCGAAAUCCAGCACCCAGAAACCAUCCGAACGCCUCCAGAACCCGCCCCCAAACCCCCAGCGCCCAGACCCACCUCGGCCCGACCGAAGAGCGCCCUCAGAACCUCCGCCAGGCCGGCACCCAUCGAAAUAACCCAGCAGGCCGAGGAGCCGGUGCGCCCAGCCCGUCCGCGCAGCUCCCUCCGGCCGCCCAGCGUGCGCCCUUCGAGCGCCAGGCCGGGCGCGCCGCGCCUGCUCCGCGCCGAUCCGGCGCUGCAGUCGCUCGAGCAGCUCGCCGCCGGCGCCGGCGCCGUCCGCGUCAUCGUCGACGACGCCGACGCCGAGGGGGACGAGGAGGAGGUGGUGGUGGCCGUCGAGGCGGCGCCGUUCGAGCCCGAAGCGCCGCCGGACGCCGGCGGUUUGGAUAACAAAGGUCACCUGGUCGAGCAGAUAUUGGAACAGUGCGAUGAGGCGGGCGCCAGGCGGCGCACCGAGAUCGAUUGGGAUGACGAUGUCACCGUCCGAUCGAAGGACGGCCCGUCGAAGGACGCCUCGCAGCUGGCGGAGCUCGUGCGAUCGGUCACGAAGACGGCGCUGCCGCUGGGGAAGCUGGUCAGCUACGUGCACGAGGACGUCGAAUCGAUGCAGCUGGAGCUGCAGCUGUGGAUCGAGUCGAAGCGGCGGCUCUACGGCGAGAUCGCGAGGCGGCGGAGGGCGAGCUCGGAGGCGGACGGGCCGCUGUUGGCCCAAUUGGAGGCGCUCGACGGGGACGCGGAGAGGCUGAGGAGGGACAUCACGCGGAUCGGCGGGAGUAUAUUGAGGAACGACGCGAGGAUUAGGGAGUUGUUGUGUAAAUGA